GGUAUGAGGGUGCUGGUGGAUGCCCGAGAGAAGCUUCAUAUUCCUUGGGGAGAUAACUCAAACCAGCUCAGUGGAGACAAGAUGAUGGCAUUUGACACCCGGGCCCCCAUGGCGGCCCAGGGAAUGGUGGAAACACGGGUUUUUUUACAAUAUCUUCCUGCUAUAAGAGCUCUGUGGGCAGACAGCGGCAUACAGAAUGCCUAUGACCGGCGUCGAGAAUUUCAACUGGGUGAAUCUGUAAAAUAUUUCCUGGAUAACUUGGAUAAACUUGGAGAGCCAGAUUACAUUCCAUCACAACAAGAUAUUCUGCUUGCCAGAAGACCCACCAAAGGCAUUCAUGAGUACGACUUUGAAAUUAAAAAUGUUCCUUUCAAAAUGGUUGAUGUAGGUGGUCAAAGAUCAGAAAGGAAACGUUGGUUUGAAUGCUUCGACAGUGUGACAUCAAUACUUUUCCUUGUGUCCUCCAGUGAAUUUGACCAGGUGCUUAUGGAAGAUCGACUGACCAAUCGCCUUACAGAAUCUCUGAACAUUUUUGAAACCAUUGUCAAUAACCGGGUUUUCAGCAAUGUCUCCAUAAUUCUCUUCUUAAACAAGACAGACUUGCUUGAGGAGAAAGUGCAAAUUGUGAGCAUCAAAGACUAUUUUCUAGAAUUUGAAGGGGAUCCCCACUGCUUAAGAGACGUCCAAAAAUUCCUGGUGGAGUGUUUCCGGAACAAACGCCGGGACCAGCAGCAGAAGCCCUUAUACCACCACUUCACCACUGCCAUCAACACAGAAAACAUCCGUCUUGUUUUCCGUGAUGUGAAGGAUACUAUUCUUCAUGACAACCUCAAGCAGCUUAUGCUCCAGUGAUGUACAAAAGACUCGCUAUUUUAAUAUCUUUUUGUGGUUUUGAUUGUCUUCUGUUUGUUUUUUUUUUUUUUUUUUAAAUAGCAGUUUACAACAGGAAUUAGAAAAAUCUCGAUUCUAUGUUUAACUUCUUGGAAAUUUUAGUCCUUCUGCAGCCUUUGGUUUGUGGCUGAAAACUGCUGAAUAACACACUGCCAAUAUCUGCUGAAAUUAAGGCUUUGAUCUGUUUCACUGUGGCCUCCAUUCAAGUUGAGUUAUAACUUCCUGGCCAACCUCAGACUAGAUAUAUUUCAGGCUUUAAAUUCUAUUUUUCAAACUGAAUUCUCCUGUAGUGCCAAGUAUAGAAGGUAUCCUUAAAUUCUUGCAGGUAUGAGGUUAGAAAUAUUCAUUUCUAAAACAAGAUAUCUUCUGUCUGCCUUACACUUAGCAGCAACACUUUUGCCUGGCUUUAUGGUGACCUCUUAUUUUGAAAUGGCUGUAGGAAAAAAGUUUGAUCUAAGGAAUGGCAUUCUGUAGAUUUACACAGGUUUAGUCCUCAUGGUUUUUUUAAUUGCUUAUCUAUACAACAGUUUUGUUUUAAAAUUUUUGUGGUUUCUGAAGGUAAUGUUCUUGGUGUUUUAAAGUUUACAUAAGGAUUUUCCAUCUGAUGCUAAUGAAGAGUUCACAAAUGUACAGGGGAGCAAAAGGAAAGCAAAUGCCAUAUACAGUGUUUUGAUCAAAAGUAAUGAGUGAAAUAUAAUUUGCCUUUUUCAUAUUUAAGUCUUAUGUAAUUUAAUGUGCCAUACAUGAAACAUUCUGCCCAUAGCAACAACUAAAAACUGCAAGUAACUUGGAAAUAGAACUUUCUAAAUAAACGUACCUGUUCCAGAAUGUCAUGUGUUUUACUUUUAAGUCCUAUCUCAGUUGUUCUUGGUCUUUACUGUAGGAAGUCAUAGUUGCACCAUCACAGACAUCUUUCUUUUGCUCUCUUGUCCAUUCCCAUCAAUUCCAAAUGUGGCAUUUACAGGAUUUUUUUGUUUAUUUGGAGCUUGCCAAGGGCAGUAUUUUCCUGUCAAACUAUUCAAGAAGGCAUUUUUUGGGAUUCCUUUUCAUUCUUGGUGUAAUUCUAAGAGAUACAAUAUGUACACAUUUGUAUAUUGUUUAUGAAAUGCCAGCUUUUUGAGGUACAUUUAUAUGUUUUAAGGAUGCUUCUAAGGAUACAUAGUAAUUUUUUUAGUUCACACCUAAAGAUGACUACAUUUGACUUCCCCCAGUGCUUACUGAAUUAAAACAUACCCAUGAAGUAGCUUUGUGAUUACAAGUACAUUUGUAGCGAGUGCAUCAGAACAGCUCAUUCACAGUACUAAGAAUACUGCCCUAUAGGUUAUAUGUAGUGUUAAAAUUGAACUAGAGUAACAAGGCUGGUAACAGUUUGACAAGUCUGACAGCUUUUCUGCUUUUUCUGAAAAUCGUGAUUAAGACUGUGAUAUCUGUCACUUUACUAUAUAGCUGACUGUGUUCUCAGGUAUUUUACUGGUCCUUGAAAGAUUGGUCAACAUUAGGGGUCGGUCACCCAGCCUUUCCAAGACAGUGGCUCUUGUUCUGUCUUGCUGUCUGGUAUGAGAGCAGGGCUUUCAGUGAGCUAACCAGGGAUUGUUCUCGACAUACCUGACUUCUCGCAUUUGAAGUCUCACUGUCACUGUAUCCAUGUAACUUCUUCCAGUGUUUUCAUGUCUUGGUAUAUAACAUGAGCUACAUGUAGCCCGACAUCGUAAUGCAGGUGUUCAUAGUAUAAUUUGUGCAUGUUUGAAUAGUUCUACAUCUCCUGCUUCUUGCCAAAAAGAAUACAUUGUUAAAGUUCACAGGGUUAGCAUAAUUUCAGUGCUAAUAAAUAUCUGAACAUGUACACAGUAACAUUUGGACUGUUCGUGGAGAGUCUGGUAGAGAGUCUAUGUGUAAAUUUAGCAAAUAGAUUUAUUGAAUGGCCAAAACAUUUAACUCCAGUGAAGGCUGAAGUCAGUUCCCUAUAGAAAGAGGCACUUAGUCUUAUUUAAGUUAUAUUUAAGAUGUGUGAUAUGAACCAUAAAUGUUGCCUGACAAAGCAGAAAUCACUAACUUCUCCCAUUUUAACUACCACUGAGAAAUGUUAAAACAUCAAAUAGAUAAUGGUAUUUGGGCAUUUACAAUUUUCUUCCCUAAUGCAUGUGAUGUCUCAGAAUCAACAUUCUUUUAAAAUAAAAUCGAGACUAUAUUUUGAGGCAGUAAAUUGUUUAUAUUUAAUUUAAACAGGCUUGUUUAGAUAUUCAAUGCAACUGUAAGGUUUCAAUCUAAAGACUUUAGUCCACAUUUUUUAUAUGCUGUGUUUUUAAACCAUUUGAAAGGGGUCUUAUACCUAUAUCAUGAAAACUGGAUCCUUUUGAAAUACCACUAUAUGAAAAGGAAGAUGAAAUUUAGUGAACAGAAGUGAAAAGGUGCUCAUAAUUUGCACUAAGCCAACUUCCCCCAUCUCUAAAAAAGUAAUUUAGAUGUAAAGUUCUUUGGUGUGUUCAGUUUUUCUAAAUCUUUGUGGUUAUGAUUUGCAAUAAAAUGUGCCUAAUUCUUUGUUAU